AUGUUCCGCAAACCUCGAGAAGCGCCGGCUCCAAUAGCCAGCGAGACACCCCUUCGCCCAUCCACCGGCCGCCCCCCAACACCACCCUCGACUACAAGGCAGUGGACACCUCAUUUCUCUGAGAACACUACAUAUGUUAUGGCCGCUUCAACGCCUCUGCAAGGCAAGACUAAAGCUCCGCCAAAGAGGACUCCUACAACGGGCGCGGGAAGAGCGAAGGGCAAGCCCAAUGGCAACAUCAUGAGCUUCUUCAAGAGAGCAGAGUCUUCUGGUACCACGGUAAUAAAUGUCAGGGAGGAGGAUGAGACUCUGUUCUUAGGAGAUAGCCCGGUGAAAGACGGUGCGAAGAUGUCCCUGCAGACUCCAACGCCACCUCGAGAAGAGUCCUCGAACGAGACUUCGCCUGGGGAUGUUGCGAUGAGUGUACCAGAUUCACCAAUAUCUCGUUAUAACGAGUAUGGGGUGCCCAGUAAAAGAAGACGUACAGAGGAUACACCCAAGCAGUCAUUGCAAACCGAAGAGACCAAAACCGGCCUAACCAGAGGACCCUUUGCCGAUGACUCGGACUCAGACGAUGAGCCAGUCAGGACACCGAGCUUCCCAGCAAGCGAAGUUAGAAGCGAUGAGGAGGAGAGUGAGUUGGCAGUAAGAGGCACUCCACCGGCUAUUGCGAGGCAGCCGUUGGGGCAGGAACCAGUUGGCGCAGCGGUGCCCAUCUUGAAGCGAGAGACGACAAGCAUCGGAGAAGUCAACGACUUUGAUGGCAUUGAGGAAUUCAUUGAUGACGAGUUUCCCGAAGAGGGCGAGGAAUAUCUGGAACGAAGAUGGAUGGAGGAGCAGGCGGAGUUUGAAGAGGGGUUGGAAGAGGAGGAGGGUCAGGCCAAGGGAUAUGAUUCAAUGGAUGUGGAAUUGGAGGACCCUAGAGAUACGACCAGCGUCAUGCCGCAAGAUGCUGGAUCUACAAGCUGUCCAAUCUGUGGUGGGAAUACAGCGGGAUUGACUGACCAGGAGAUAUCCGUCCAUGUCAAUGACUGCAUGGAUGGUAAGGCAAAGCCUCUUGGAGACCGCAAACCACCUAAGCAAGAAUCCACUUUGGCUCCAGCAAAGCUGGAUAGCGGCGUCCCUGCGCACAAGCGCUUUCAACGUGCUGCGAUAGCUAAGCCAGGGCAAGAAAACCCUUUUGGGUUGACUGCAGAGCCCCUCAAAUCAUCGUCCGCCUUCUCCAAACUUAUGUCCGGGCAUGCGGAAGAUGCUGCGUGGGCAACUGCUGCGGCAACGGAAUCGGCAUCUCGCGGUAAGCCUGCAUACCAGCGGACAUGUCCGUUCUAUAAGAUCAUGCCGGGAUUCUUCAUCUGUGUCGAUGCCUUCCGAUAUGGUGCGGUUCAAGGCUGUAACGCCUACUUUUUAAGCCACUUUCAUAGCGACCAUUACAUCGGUCUCACAUCAUCAUGGUGUCACGGUCCAAUCUACUGCAGCCAUGUCACGGCGAACUUAGUCAGGCGACAAUUGAGAGUUGAUCCUAAGUGGGUCGUUGACCUCGAAUUUGAUAAGAAGGUCGAGGUACCUGGGACCCAAGGCGUUGAAGUCACGAUGAUACCAGCAAAUCACUGUCCUGGAAGCUCGCUUUAUCUUCUCGAAAAGGUGAUCGGAAAAGGGAAGAGUCCAAAGGUCCAGAGAGUUUUGCACUGUGGAGACUUCCGUGCUUGUCCCGCCCAUGUGCAGCAUCCAAAGCUACGGCCAGACAUUGUGGAUACAAUCACUGGCAGGAACCUGGCACAGCAGAAACUCGAUGUCUGCUACCUCGAUACAACAUACCUGACGCCCAAGUAUUCGUUUCCCAGCCAAGAAGAAGUCAUCAAGGCGUGCGCCGAUAUGUGUGUAAGCCUCAGCAAGGAUUUUGUGGACGAAAGCGAUAGCUGGGAGAAAACUAAGAAAGAGCGGGCUGGUGACGGCAUGGUCAAAUUUGUUCGCAAAACGUCAGUCAAGGAGGAGGUUGAGGAAGAAGAGAUCAAGAUCAAGAUCGAAGAUGGACCAUCGAAGAAGGCAAGAGGUCGUCUCCUGGUAAUCGUGGGAACCUACAGCAUAGGCAAAGAGAGGAUAUGUCUAGGUGUUGCCAAAGCACUCAAUAGCAAGAUCUACGCUCCACCAAACAAGCAAAAGAUCUGUGCUGCGCUCGAAGACCCGGAGCUAUCGGCCCGUAUGACGGAUGACCCUCUCGAAGCUCAAGUGCACAUGCAGAUGCUCAUGGAAAUCCGGGCAGAAACCCUAGCCGACUACCUCACCGGCUUUAAGCCGCACUUCUCCCGCAUAGUUGGCUUCAGACCAUCAGGAUGGAACUACCGCCCACCAAACAGCCGCUUUACCGAGUCUCCGGCCGUCCAGACUGUUCUCCAUUCCGACAACUGGAAGUCGCGAUACUCGAUGGCUGAAUUGACACCGCAACGAGGCAGCACCCGUGAGGCCAACUGCUUUGGAGUCCCAUAUAGUGAACAUAGUAGCUUCAGGGAGCUUACAAUGUUCUGCUGUUCGCUGAGGAUCGAUAAGGUCAUCCCGACUGUGAAUGUAGGGUCGGCGAAGUCGAGGGAGAAGAUGAAAGCUUGGUGCGAGAAGUGGGCGAUGGACAAGAAGAAGAAUGGGUUGUUUAAGGUAUCCGAUGGGCAAACGGCUUGGUGA